AUGGCUCCCAAAGCUGCGCUCGACACUCCUGAAGAGCCCCAGAGCGACGGGUCCAAGCUGAAGACUUUCAUCGGCAUUCUGAAGAAGUUUAUUGGUGUUGCCGACCUCGCUGCCGUGCGUUUCUCGCUCCCCUCUCAGCUUCUCGAACCCACGCCGAAUCUCGAAUACUGGAACUAUCUCGAUGCGCCUAAUGCCUUCGUCGCUAUCGGCACCUCUGAUGAGCCCCUCGACCGCAUGCUCGAGGUGUGCCGGUUCUGGUUCACCAAGGACCUCAAGUACGUGAAGGGCCGGCCUUGCAAACCAUACAACUCCUGCUUGGGAGAGUUUUUUAGGUGUAACUGGGAGACGGAGAACAACGCACCCAACAUCAACACCACAGCUCUUAGGGCCGGAAGUGGCACCGCUAGUAGCUCGUCAAGCUUCAAGUCUGCCAAGGGCGACAAAAAUGCCUCGGCUGUUUCUCUAUCCGUCCCGCAGCACGGCGCCUCCACUCCGGACAAGAAGCCCGUACGCGUCUCGUACCUCACCGAGCAGACCUCUCACCACCCGCCCGUGAGCGCUUUCUACGUGAGCUGCCCCGAGCGGGGCCUCUCCGCCCGCGGCUUCGACCAGAUCACGGCCAAGUUCACGGGAACUAGCAUCCGCGUCCUGCCCGGUGAGCACAACCUCGGCAUCUUCAUCACGCUCGAGAACCGCGGCGGCGAGACGUACCGUCUUACUCACCCUGCGGCGCACCUCGGUGGUAUGCUCAGGGGUAGCUUGAGCGUCAGCGUCAGCGAGAUGGCGUACAUUACGUGUCCGCAGACUAAGCUCAAGACGAUUUUGCAGUAUGUCGAGGCCGGUUGGCUCGGCCGCUCCACGAACCGCGUUGAGGGUGUCAUUUUCCGGUAUGACCCGGAUAAUGAUGACAAGGUGAACAUCAAGGACGUGCCCGAGGCCGACAUUGUCGCCCGUCUCAGCGGUCCCUGGCGCGAAAAGGUCCAGUUCACCUUGGGUCCCAAGCCUGUGGAUUCGCACCCUCCUGAGGCUCGCUACACCAUUAUUGACCUCGAACCCCUUAACGUAGCGCCCAAGGUCCUUCCCCCGACGGAUAAGCAGCUCGAAAACGAGUCCCUGAUGCUCUGGUCCGGAGUCACCGAGGCUAUUCACGCCAAGCAAUUCUCCAAGGCUACCACUGUCAAGGUCGAACUCGAAGAGCGCCAGCGUGAGAAGGCUCGCGAGCGCGAACGCACGGGAGAGACCUUCAAGCCCGUCUUCUUCGAGCAGGUUACGGGCAACGACGGCAAGCCCGAGCUCACUGAGAAGGGACGCGAGGUGCUCGCCCGCGCGCAGAAGGGAGAAUGGGACAUGACUGGCAUCAUUUAA